GCGCGUUUCUAUCGCUCUUCCCGCUCAGCGAUGCCCGCCUCCGAUUCCGUCCUGCAGCCAUCCCCCAACAAGAGGCAGAAGGGGUCGGCGUCCGGGGAGCCGACCGCACGGCUCCGCUUUACCAAGCUGUCCGAGAACGCCUACGCCCCUUCCCGGGGCUCUGCUCGGGCUGCGGGCUACGAUCUGUACAGUGCCUAUGACUGUGCGAUACCACCCAUGGAAAAGGCUGUAGUGAAAACAGACAUUCAAAUUGCACUUCCUUCUGGAUGCUAUGGCCGAGUAGCACCGCGUUCUGGUUUAGCUGCAAAGCACUUCAUAGAUGUUGGUGCUGGUGUUAUCGAUGAGGAUUACAGGGGAAAUGUUGGUGUGGUACUCUUCAACUUUGGCAAGGAGACUUUUGAAGUUAAAAAAGGGGACAGGAUUGCCCAGCUCAUCUGUGAACGCAUUUUCUAUCCUGAGCUAGAAGAAGUUCAAGUUCUAGAUGAUACAGAACGUGGCGAAGGUGGCUUUGGUUCUACUGGAAAGAACUGAAAAUUAUUUGAAUGUGCUUCCUAUAUAUUUUUUUGUUGUUACUUUAUGUUUUGUUAUUUCUAAAUUUUCAUUUGAAUUAGAAGUGGGAUUUUG